UCGAAAGAACGUACCCGCGUCACAAUAGAACGCGCUCAACAACUGCUGCAGGGUUCGAGUUGGGGGAGCGACAUCAACACGCUGGUGCUGAGGCUGUGUGAGGGGGUUAGGCGUCAGCAUGGCGGAAAGUGCGAGGACCGGAGACGAGGAAUCCCCUCUGAAGGAGUACCUGGACCAGGUGGAGAAAGAGGUUGACCUUGAUCGGAGUAACUAUGACCUGGCGCGGGAGAACAGCCGACUGAAGCUGCAGCUGGAGGUCCUGUACAGCGAGAUGAGAGCGGCCAGGGCGCAGGCCUCACUGGACAGGGUCUUACGGGAGCAGGAAACAGUUGUGCAGACUCCUGGGAGCGCCCCUGCCUCCCCACCCUUGGCGGGACCGUCCCCGGGGGGUCGGGGGACGUCACCAGAACCAGGUUCUCCCGACAAACCCGCAGCCACGAGCGGGAAUCUGUCUGCAGAGGAGGAGGGACUGGUGGAUCGCUGGACACAGUCGCUCGUACAGCGCAUGUCCCCGGCCGUAACCAGGGGCGACCGGAGAUGCCAGGCGUGUCAGACGAGCGGGGGUAACCUGACCGACUUCCCGCCUGUAACCAUGGGCAACCGCCGGUGUCAGACGUGUCGGACGAUCGAGGAGAACAUGUCGGACUCAGUCCUGGCGGCUGGGCCGGAGAGGAGCGCGCCAGGCCCGGGGAGAGACGCGGGCCGAAGCCUGUCCGCUGCCGAGGAGGACCUGUUGAACAGCUGGGCGGACCGGCUGGCCGAGAGGAUCGUCAGCUUCAGUCAGCCUCAGGUGACCUCCACUCCAGUCAAGGUCAAACGCAACCAGAGGACGACAAGAUCUCCGGAUAAACAACAUUUGCAGACAUGCCGUGCGGACCGGUACGAGCGGCGCCUAGCGGAGUGUCUGGCAGACACCUCCCUUCCCGUGGUGCCUACUGGCGAGGCGACUCCGGUGUCCCCGCAUACCCCUGCUGGAUCCUCAAGCAGAGACCGACAUGCGGAGUCGCCGUGCCAGAUGUGUUGGGAGGCGGCGAACGACAGUCUGGCGGCGGUACAGGAGCGCAUCCGGCGGGACUCAAGCGCGACGCCUAGCGGACCGGGGCCUGCACUGCAGCGGACAGCUGGUGUCACACGUGCAGCAGCGACUCCUUGCGGUUCGCGCGGGCGGUGCAGCCACAGCGCGCAGAGUUGCCGGCCUGGCUGUCCCGGAUGUCUGCGGGUGGUGGGGGAGCUCGCCUUCCAGCUGGACAUGCAGAUCCUGCAGUACGUGUUCCAGCGCCGGCGGCUGUACGGAUUCACGCUCAGGAACAUCGCGGAGAAGAUACGGGAGGAGGCCGAGAAGGAGAACACCUCCAUGGAGGCGCGGGUCCGGACAACUGUGUUGGAGACGCGGCUGCGCCACGUGCUGGGCGUGAUGGAGCCUGCCGGGUACGACUGGGGCGUGCAUCCCCGGCUGGCGGAGGAAACAGUCAACCAGUGCGGGGUCAUUAAGGGGCGCCUGGACAACCGUACGCUGGAGGCGCUGGGCUACACGGACCCCUGCCAGCUGCACCACAUGGUAUCGUCCAUCCUGCCCCCCAGCAAAGUUCGCGGGGUCAUCGUCCUGCUGGACAGUCUGCGCGCCCUCACAGCCAAUCUGGGCAAACCUGUCUUCUCAUUUUGAAAUACGUCAUCACCCCUGUGUCCUUACCUCUGAUUGGUUGAGCCCAUGUCCAAUGAUCUAUUGAUAAAACAGUAGGAAUUGGCCAGCAUGUAAAUGAUUUGUAUGAUGAUAAUAUCAUGAGGGAGGAACAAAAAGUUGGAUAUGGUGGCUGUGCUUAUUCUAUGCUUAAACAAAUGAAGCGUCAAAAAUAAGCAAUCAUUUCUCGCAGAUCACCUUUGAGCUACGCCAGUCACCUCUGCGAAAUCAUAGACUAUAUAGUCUUGAAAGAUGAAGGGAGGGGCAUAAAAAUACCGUAUUUAAGAGAAAUCUCAAAUAAAACUGCAUCAGCACCUACAUUUAUAGUCAACGUGUGGAUAUAUUAUGUAAUCUCAUGUAGUAAGGGACAACAAGAGACCAGAAUAUAUUCCAUUGCAUGUUGUAUUUAUUGAGAACACUAAGAAAUGAAAAUAACUAGUGCAUUAACUAAUGAGUUUGACUACGGAAUUGUAGAUUUGCUCUAACAGCAUUAUGACAAUCAUCACUGAAACAUUUUUAAAAAGCCACGAUUGCAGUCCCAGCAACUUGAUCAAUCGAUCCCAAGCCCUAGGUUGGCGGCAGUGAGAUAUGUUUGUUAGCAAUUUGUAGUCUCUUCUUUCUUUGUUUGUCAGAAUAUGUACAUCUUUGGUUUACACUCUAAGUCUGGUGUAUACAGUUCAAUCCAUGACAAGUGUUUAUAUUCAACACAUCGGUCAGUCCUCUACAUUUUACAAUUUUCAGUGAUGAAUU